GCUGAUGCAGACACGAUUGCGAAAGUGAUAAGUACAAAUACGGAAUCGGAUCCAAUAACUCCCGAAGUAGCGGCCGCAUUUUGCAGCUUCUUCGAUAGUAUCGAUCGCAUUGCGGCUCCCGACUACAAGCCCAGUGAACAGGAUAUAUUGUUGACGAGGAUAAAGACAACUGGUAUCGUAGAAGUUAAUUUUGUUAUCAAAAAUGUUCGAUUCAGAAAUAAAAUUUACAAGAAGCACUUUAGUUUCUUGGAGAAAGAGAAACAUUGCAGAAUAUUUGAUGUUGGAGGACAGCGGUCAGAACGUAAAAAGUGGAUUCACUGUUUUGAAGAUGUGAAUGCUGUUAUUUAUAUUGUCGCUAUUAGUGAGUACGACGAAGUUCUUUUCGAAGAUAAUACUACUAAUCGAAUCUUAGAAAGUAUGCGUUUAUUUGAAUCCAUAUGUAAUAGCAGAUGGUUUAUCAGUACCUCAAUUAUUUUAUUUUUAAAUAAAAAGGAUUUGUUCGCUGAAAAAAUCAAAACGAAGUCAAUAAGGACUGCCUUCCCUCAGUACAACGGUUCGUUUUUUUAUGCCAUUUCUACCUUCAGUAGUGAAUUUUCUCUAUUACAUUUCAACAAGCAUCUCAUUGUUUAG